GACUCCCUCAUUCAUUCGCGGAGGACAAUCUCUGUUCUUAAAGACGCAGGCGAGCUACCCACGUCCGCAGGAGCGAGAGAAGGAGGAAAAAAAACAGUCGUUCUGACUUCAUUCCUGUGCCUGAGGGGAACAGUUCCGCUGCACGCAGAUAUAAGGCAGCGCGUAAAGAUCCACACGGUCCUCCUGGCGCGCUGAAAUAGAGUUUCAAAGCGUUGCUUUGGUUGUUCAUGUGCAGCUGAAUAGAAAUUUGCGACAUAUCUGGUGCAAACCCAAAUCUGGAGCAAAUCUGACACGCCUUACAUUGUAGGAGGAGAUGGCCAAGUUUUUCCGUGCCGCUGUUUUGGGUCCGCCGGGAUCUGGAAAAGGCACGAUCUGUAAGAGAAUAGCAGAAAGCUUUGGCCUGCAGUACCUGUCCAGUGGCCACUUUCUGCGCGAGGGCAUUGCAGCCAACACAGAGGCAGGCGUGCUGGCAAAGACCUACAUAGAGAGGGGCAUGCUGGUUCCUGACCAAGUGAUGACCAGACUGAUGCUGCCCAAACUGGAGCAGCUGAAGAACCACAGCUGGCUGCUAGAUGGUUUCCCUCGUACACUGGCACAGGCUCAGGCCUUGAACAAUCUCUAUCAGAUGGACUUGGUCAUCAGUCUCAACAUUCCCUAUGAAACUCUGAGGGAGAGGCUGAGCGACCGCUGGAUCCACCCAGCCAGCGGGAGAGUCUACAACAUGGGCUUCAACCCCCCUCGAGUGCAGGGUAAAGAUGACGUCACUGGGGAGCCACUGAUUCAGCAUGAUGACGAUAAACCUGAAGCCUUGAUGGCACGACUCAGACACUACAAGGAAUUGGCAAAGCCUGUUAUCGACCUGUACAAAUCACAAGGAAUCCUUCACUCAUUUUCUGGAACAGAGACUGACAAGAUUUGGCCUUACAUCAACACGCUCCUCAGCACCAAGAUGCCGUCAGACGCCCAUCCAACCCCAACGCCCUGACUGGGCUGCAUGAAGAGGCCAUGCAGAAGAAGGAGGAAGUGGUUCUUUUUGGUUGCUUUUUUUUUUUUUCACAUGCUGGAGUGAGAUUCCCAGAAAUGCACUAGGAUGCGAAUGAACCUAUUGGUUGAUUUUUAUUUUAUUUUUUUUCUAAAGUACCAUUGUGCAAACAUUUCCAAAGCUUUGUACUUGAGAUCACUAGGAUUUGUUGAUUAUCACCUUCUUAAAUGUUGGUGCUUCUAAGCUUCUUUUUUUUUCUUGUUUAUAACUUUCUUAUUUUCAAUCAUACUUCUGUAUUGAUGGAACAGGAGUGUUAAGGUAGGAAAAAAAGGUAAAAUUAAUUAAUAAUGAAUUGCAACUCAAGUGUUUUCAACCAAAAAAUAGAAUAGAGUGUGAUUUUAAAAAAGACCAAAAAUAAUUUCAUUCAUCUUUGCAGGUAUAUGCGCUCCAUUUUCGACUUGGGAAAGCAGAGAGAGUUACUUGUUGCUCUUAGCAACCAGGUCGACUACAAUAAGCAAACCAACCAGUAACCGCUUUUUUUUCCCCUCUAUUAAAACACUGUAGCAACAUUUUGUUCUGGCAAUUUGACAAGAGCUUUGUGUGCCUGGUUUAAUGAGAUAUAAAACUUGUGGAAACAAGUUGUUAUUGCACCUAUCACUGCGUUUUAUUUGCUAUUUGUGCAGCAGCCAUACUGGAUUUUAAAGUGGAGUGUUGGUAAGGCUAACUUGACUCUAGUUGGUCUUCCACCUUCAGUUAGUUUCCAUUUGAUUAUAUCAUCCUUUACAUGGGAAAUUUUGACACAACGCAUCAUAUUUAAAAUAAAAUGUUUUCUUCUCAUAUUUGUGCCCCAACAUGUGCCUGAUAGCAGUGGUGAUUAUGUUGCAGGCAUAAGUCAUCUGUUACAAUGUGUUGACCAUUUUGCCAGUUGUUGACCUUUUGAUUCGGUACACAGCAGUGUGAGCUUUUUUGGGAAUGGUGUAAACAUUAGUGGAUAUUUUCUAAAAUGGUUCAUGCAGACAUUACAGCUUCUCUGCAGGCAUUUAAAGCUAAUUGCCUUGAAUGUUGGUACAUUUCCUUAAAUGUACUCCGAUGUUGCCUUCUGAUUUUUUUUCUAUGAAAUGCAACAUUUUCCCAAUGGUGUAUCUAUGUAAGAGGCAUUUUUUUAUGAUUCUGACACUGUUACAGUCUCUUUGUUCUUUUUUUUAUAUGUCCUCUGUCAUUCAUUGUUGCUGAAUGAUUUUUUUUGUUUCAAACAUGUUCCUUUGUUGUCUUAGCCUUUCAGCUUUUUUCAUGGAGAAUAGUUCAGGUGCCAUCAUUAGGUUUUCUUCUUUAUAAUAAUAUGGUAAACUAUUCAAAAAAUGACAGCUGCUGAAAAAAAACAAACAAAGCUAAGUUUGAAGCGUUUUUCCAGUUCUGUGGCCUUUUAGUUUCUAACUUGCUACCAAGUUUUUGGAGGUUCCUGCUUGAUGCCUAUAAAUGGCAGCUUUAAAUCAGUGACUGGUAGAGGGCAGAAAGCCUUUUUUUCCUUUUUUAGUUUUGGAUCUAAGGAUUGCUAAUGCUGGGUAUUUUACUUUAAAUUGUCUCUGACUGUGGAUGGAAGACAAAAGGAAAAGAAACUAGGUCAAGAGGUAACGUGGAGUACUGUGCUUCAGGUGUAGUUUCUGUUGUGUUGAAAUGCACCCAUUGGGCUCAGUGUGUGGCCUUAAAGAAGGUCUCUUACUGAAGCGGUGAAAAUGUACGUCACAGCUUUUAUGUAACACCACAGAGACCUUUCUGUUUUCACAUGAUGUGUUAAGAAGAAGUUACAUUCCAAGAACAAUAAAACUUCUGUCCAAAGCA